AUGUCUUCAUCCAGACGCAACAGCAGGGAAUAUGAAGGGGAAUCCUACGAUGACGCUCCGGAUUCACAUCACCCUCAAAAUGAACUCACGGUUACCAUUCCUCAAUCUAAUUCGACACGUUCCUUGACAGAUAGCCCUCCGAGUGGAACGGGAGCAACACCGCAAUUCAGCGAAGCCCCUUCUUUCCCGCCGGCUCCCCAUCAGAACGAGGUCGACGAUAAAACAAGCGAUGAAAACAUGGAUGAGACGGGUUUAGGAAAUGCGGUAUCAGAUUCGGAGGAAACCCCUCGGAAGAAAAAGUCCCAGAAAUCCCCCUUGUUGACCGCACAUCGCCUAUCUACUACCUCCCUCGACGAUGUGAACUUGACCGGUAACAAAGAGGACGAGGCCAUGGUUGACGGAAUGAGCCAGGAAUCCAAGGCGAACUCUCCGCCUGAGAAGUCGACAGACUCCCCAGUCCAGGGCUCGCGUCUUCAGGGCUUGUCUGGAACUCUCCCGUCGGUCCCUUGGGGACCUCCUCCAGUCAAUAAGAACCCUCCUCCCGCUGCUGCUGCUGUGCCGCCGCCGCCUCCGACUAGAAAGUUAACCAGUCCAUUCGCAUGGCUUUCGCGGAGCUCCACGUCAAAAGAAACCAAGUCUCCCCCGCAGUCCACGGAUGGCAGCCGCAGGAACACCGCUGCCUCGGUGUCUACUGUCAACAGUAACCCGGAACUGGCCGGCCGAUUCGGAGAAUGGGAUGAUACGCGUGCUUCAAAACCUAGAAGCAACAGCCUGAAAGACCAAUUCAGAUUGCUAAGAUUGCGAGAGGAAGCCGCUGCCGUUUCGGAGAAUGGGGAGAUGAACGGCACCUCGGGGCAAUCUGAUGGUCCUCCCAGCAUCCCAGAACAGAGCGAAAACGACGCCAUCACUUCACCACAGUCAGCGGCGCCUGCUACAACCCCGCCAAAUGUGCCGCCCACAGUAAACCCCAACCUCGCUCCAGGAACAGUCUCGGGAUACUCUGCCUCCGCUAGUGAUGCGUCUGCCCCAGUCGACUGGGAGUUAUGGCAACAGCUGGUGAACCAUGGGCCACAGGCAUUAAGUAGCUCUGAGGCGCUGAAUGCUGCUAUUAAGCGUGGUAUCCCACAGACCAUCCGAGGGGUGAUCUGGCAAGUUCUGGCUGACAGCAAGAAUCCUGAACUUGAGGAAGUAUACAAAGAUCUUGUCGCCCGGGGAACUGAAAAAGAAAAGGAGCGCCAUCGUAACUCCAACGGUCAGGUCAACGGCGAGAAGGAAUCUCUAUCCUCGUCGCGUUCUUCUGUCCGAUCAGACAACUCCGCGUCAGGCGCUCAUUCCAAUAACGGAUCGUCGUCCAGUCCCACCCAUGACCCCGAUGCUGAGAAGCAGGUCAAGGACCAAGCAGUCAUUGACGCUGCCAAGAAGAAGAAAGCAAAGGAUGAUGCUCUUGCUCUCCAGAAGUUGGAGAAGACUAUUCGAAGAGACCUUGGUGCGCGUACCAGCUAUUCCCGGUACUUCGUCUCCCAAGGAAACCAGGAGGGGUUGUUUGGUCUUUGCAAGGCGUAUGCCCUAUAUGAUGACCAAGUUGGAUACGCUCAAGGGAUGAAUUUUAUUGCCAUGCCAUUGUUAUUCAAUAUGGACGAGGUUGAUGCAUUUUCGCUACUCGUCAAACUUAUGAACAAGUACGGUUUGCGAGAGAUGUUCAUUCAUGACAUGCCAGGUCUCCAUCGCAGCCUUUUCCUGUACGAGCGUCUGCUAGAGGAUGUGGAGCCGGCUGUUUACUGUCACCUACGCAGGCGUGGUGUCCCUCCGCAGCUCUACGCGACGCAAUGGUUUUUGACGCUUUUUGCCUAUCGUUUCCCAUUGCAACUAGUUUUGCGAAUCUAUGACCUUAUUUUUGAAGAAGGGCUUGAAACCACGAUCCUGAAGUUUGGUGUCGCCAUCAUGCGUCGAAAUGCCCCCAGUCUUCUUGAACAGAAGGACAUGAGCUCCUUGUCGCUCUUCUUGAAAGAACGAUUGUUUGAUGUGUACAUUGACAAGCAGCCUUCAGCAACCUCGAUAUUGGAAUCUGGUUUUUUUGGAAGCUCCGGUGCCGCCGACAAAGAGGUUUAUCGCGCAGAUAUCCUCGUCCAGGAUGCCUGCGAUGUACCACUCACGUCCGAAAUGAUCAAAGAAUACACGGCCGAAUGGGAAGAAAAGGUUCAAACUGAAAAGGAGCGUGAAGCGGAGCUCGAAGGACUAAAGCACACCGUCUCCAUCCAGAGCGCUCGAAUCCGAGUGCUCGAAGAACAAGCUGAGACGUCUGACAAGGAGCAUGUGCAACUGGCGUCGGAGCUUGUUCAUGUCAAGGUAGAGAACGAGGAGCUGAGCGACUUGACUGAUGCCUUGAAGAUGCAAGUUGGCGAGCUCAAGGUUGUGCUUGACAAGCAGCCGUCUGAGGUUGAGGAGAAGCUUCAGACUGAGAUGGACCGCAUUAUGAAACGUAACCUCGAGGUCCAGAACGAGAACCGAUCUAUGGUUGAACAGAUGGCAGAGAUGGAGAAGGAACUCGUGGAGGCGAAGAUGAAAUAUGCCGAGAUCCAUGAGAACCAUGAAAGCCUGAAGCAGAAGUGGAGUGACCUCCGCAAAGCCCUCGAUUAA